UUGUAGAUAGGAGGCCCCAGGUACCCUUGACAAGGGAUGCUUACAGUCUCAAGGGCUGCAGACCAGACCCUGACAAUCCAGUCUCUGAAUCCAGCACCCCGGCACUCGCGCAGGAGCGCGCCUCUCGGGAUGCACCUUGCAGGAACUAAGACAAGUGUGACUGCAUGAAUGCUGCUCCCACGCACAGCAGACCUGGAGGCCUCGCUCAGGCCCGGAAGCCCCUGGUGGAGAAGAAGCGGCGCGCGCGCAUCAACGAGAGCCUCCAGGAGCUGCGACUGCUGCUGGCGGGCGCCGAGGUGCAGGCCAAGCUGGAGAACGCCGAGGUGCUGGAGCUGACGGUGCGGCGUGUGCAGGGCACGCUGCGGGGCCGUGCGCGCGAGCGCGAGCAGCUGCAGGCGGAAGCAAGCGAGCGCUUCGCGGCUGGCUACAUCCAGUGCAUGCACGAGGUGCACACGUUCGUGUCCACGUGCCAGGCCAUCGAUGCCACUGUCGCCGCAGAACUCCUGAACCACCUGCUUGAAUCCAUGCCUCUGCGCGAGGGCAGCAGCUUCCGGGAUCUGCUGGGGGACGCCCUGGCAGGGCCUCCGGGAGCCCCUGGGCGCAGUGGCUGGCCCACGGGAGGAGGGGUCCUGGGAUCCCCUAUGCCUAGUUCCCCAGGCCCCGGGGACGACCUGUGCUCCGACUUGGAGGAGGCCCCCGAGGCUGAACUGACCAGAGCUCCUGCUGAAGGGCCAGAGUUGGUGCCAGCAACCCUGGGCAGCCUCACCGCUGCCUGCAUAGCCCAGAGCGUCUGGAGGCCUUGGUGACUAACACCACCCCGGCUUUUGCAAGGAUGGGUGUGGCCUUCCCUUGCUCUGUUCCCUCCUCCCUGCGGUCCACAGGUGGUGGGGCUGGGCCCCCCCGCUGGCUCCUAGGUCUGCCGGCUCUCUUCCUUCAGUGGCUGGGAUGCAGGGCAGUCCGGGUGACCAGCCCUAGCCCUGUUUCUUAAGAAAGUAUUUCUUAUGGACCCCACAGCCCCCCAGGAGUGGGUGGAGGGCGGAAGCUGCAGGCAGGAGGAGGAAUCUCACCGAACUACUAGGGUUCCCCAGGGUUUCACUGUCCCAGUCUUCUCAGGUACUGUGGAUCUGGGGGCAGAGGUGAAUGGAAUGGUGCUGAAGCCCUUCUUGGUGCUGGGCACUGGUGACGGGACAGAGGGACACCUCAGACCCUGACAGCCCUGGCCUGAGUGGAAGCUUGAACUUGCCACUUGAGUCAGGACACAGGGGAGGCAGAGGCUUUCUGUGGCAUUUCCUCCACCUGCCAGAGAGAAGCAGAGCUCCCUGGAUCACUUGAGUCUGUGUAUUGGGUUACCAUCAAAUGUUCCAGUUUUAUGAAAUAAAGCAUUUUGGAGAGUUAGUUA